AUGAACAAGACGGUGAUCCAAGCUAGAGAGCUGAUUGAGAGUAUGGAAGCAAAUUCUCAACAAUUUUCAAGUCGUGGAUCAGAACCACAUACCAAGGGAGUUAAUCAAGUUGACGAGAUUAUUGAAUUACGUCAACAAAUGAGCAAUAUGAUGGCAAUCAUGCAACAAAUUGCAGCAGUGGUUGUAAAACCAUCACGCCCAUCUUAUGAGAACGUAGAGCAUGUCAAUGCUAUAUUCUCAACUCAGCCAUAUGGUAUUUACUCCAACACUCACGAGCAAGUUGCAAGUACAAGUUCUGUUUACAACCAUCCGAGUGAGUUCCAACAACAAGUGCAACAACCACAACAAGGGCAUAAUCCAGAAUUGGAAAAGAUGGCUACUUUGGUGGAGGCUCUAAUGUCCAUGGUGCAGCAAAAUCAACAACUAGCGAACUUAAAUCAACAGAAAACGGAUAACGUAAUUAGAGAGUUGCAAGCACAAGUUGAAGAAACCCCAAAGGAACCAGUUUUGGAGGAAAAGGAUGAUGAUUUCCCCCAAACUUGCGAGGUACAUAAAUCUAAGCCUAAACAUCUUGUUUAUACUUAUGUUCCCCCUCUACCUUUUCUUGGAAGGUUUUCUAAAGCUAAUAAGAAGGUGGAACAAGAUAGAGAUGUUUGGGAUGUUUUUAAGAAGGUCCAAGUCAAUAUUCCACUCAUUGAAGUAAUUCGGCAAUCUCCUCGCUAUGCAAAGUGUGUAAAGAAAUUGUGCACUAACAAGCACACGCUAACUUGUAAUGAGGAAAUGAGUGUGGGGGAAAACACUUCGGCGUAUCUUAAAAAGAAACUCCCACCUAAAUUGAAAGAUCCCGGUAGUUUCACUAUUCCAUGCACUAUUGGUAAAACAAGGUUUACAAAAACUAUGUUAGAUUUAGGAGCUUCUAUUAAUGUUAUGCCUACUUCUAUUUAUGAUGCUUUAAACCUUGGUCCUCUUAAGAAAACCGGCAUAGUUACUCAACUUGCCGAUAGAUCUAAUAUUUACCCGAAAGAGAUUGUUGAGGAUGUUUUGGUGCAGGCUCCUCAAGGUGCUGUUGUAUCUUAA